ACCCGUCUCCGCCGCAACACCGCCAUCAGUAUCGAUUCAAAACGAUAGCGAGAGUGAUCUCAGUUAAGUUCUCAAAGCGUCUUUAAGAAAAUGUCUCUAUUACCGUUGUUGUUCGGUGACCAGCACCAGUGUCCGGUGCUGAGGCGUCCAGCUGUGGAAGAAUUCGUCUGGCCGCUUCAGACGUUGUCCACGUUGACCAACACCCUCAACCAGCUGGCGCAGCUCGACAAAGAUACGUCCAUCACCAUCGACAAGGACCAUUUCCAGGCCAACAUCGACGUGCAGCAGUUUAAACCCGAAGAAAUUACCGUCAAAUUUUCCGGCGACAAUACUGUAACCGUUGAGGGCAAGCACGAGGAGAAGCAGGACGAACACGGGUUUAUUUCUAGGCAUUUUGUGCGAAGGUAUGUCUUGCCGGAUGACGUAGACGCCCAGAAGUUGCAGUCGAAGCUGUCCUCUGAUGGUGUGCUGAGUAUCGCGGCCCCCAAGAAGCCGGAAGGCAAGCAGCUGGAGUACAGGGAGAUACCGGUACAGAGGACGGGCCCGGUUAAGAACGUAGAGCAGAAAUCGGUGACGGAAGGGGAGAAAAAGAAGUAAAAUGCCAAAAAUUCGUAAUAAUUAAUUUAAUUUCACUUUGUUAGACUGUUAGGUUAGGUUUUGUUUACUUAUUUAUUUUGUAUUUCUUCAUAUUGUUAUAUAGUAACGCUAUUACAGUACACAGUAAAUGUUCCGUUUUUUGCCAUAAGAAUUUAUUUAUACAUUAUGUGAAAUAAAUGUGAUUGGAAAAUAAAUAUUUGUUUUUUUUUUUCUCGAAUCUGAAUAAAAAGUUAAAAAGUUUAGUUGUAAUUCUAAGAACAAUGCGCAAGAUACGCAUAAGUUAUUUCUGAAAAAAAAAAAUUAUAAUUAAAACCUAAGCACGGUAUCAAACUCGGUACAAGUAAAAAAAGCUUUUUUUAUGCGUAAAAAGUUAACACUUACAAACCAUCUAUUUCAAAAACUUACUGCUUAUAUAAUUUUAUAUUUGUUAUAUAUUUUUCCUUACGCGUUGUGAAUAAAACAAUGAAAAACAUUUUUAUUUUGGGAUUUUUUCCGGAAAAUGCGAUAAAAAAGUGCCAAAUAGAAACGAAUAAUUUUAAAUUUGGUUUAACCUUUUUGACUCGGAUAUGGUUUAUGGAUAAGACGAGAAAUAUUAAACAAAAUGGAGCGUAACGAUUUCCAAAAAGUAAUGGUGAUUACCCGGACCAGUCAGACGUUAAAAACCAAAAAUUCGAAGAUUUAUAGGCUAGACUGUUCUCGAAAAAAAAUGGCUGUCAUUCAUCCAAUGCCGCCACUCGAAGCGUCAAAAUGGUUGCCUGCCAACUCAUGAAAAACACAUGCGUUUUUAAACUCAAGGAUGGUAAAUAAAAUACUUUACUAUUGUUUUAUUACAUUACAUCAAAAACGCAUUCCUAAGGACGUCAAAAUGUUAUAUAUAACCUGAACAAUUUCGCAAUUUUUAUGUCUAGCAUAUGUCGCUAGAUAAAAAUUGAAUGGACACUGUGCUCGUGUAAACAUAAAUAUAUAAU